ACAGGUGUCUGAAGUAGGGUGCUGUUCAGUCCACAUAUUUGUGUUUGAUGAAAACAUGAUAAGGGUAGUCCAAAAAGACUUCCGGUGGCAUCCUUCAUGGGGGAUCGACGCGGGGGCAGUUAUGCACUACACGAAGAACAUCCCUCCCCGCCACCUUGCAAAUAACGCUUUUUACUCACCGAUUUUCACUCAGUAUCCUCGAGAGAAUUUUCGAUCAUUGGGCAGUACAUUUGCACCUGGAAUAACAGAAGGACAUAAUUGGGUCUUCGCCUAUGUUUCCAACACAAGCCAAAGAUGGGAGAGUUUUUCAACUGCUUAUUAUUCUAAUACCGAUUUGAGGUGCAAUCUAACUACAACACGAACUGUUGUAUCAGACCCUGACUCGAAAUUAGUUUCAAUGAGGGUGUCAUCAUCUCUGCACUCUGGAGACAUCUACCAAGUAGUACCAGCCUUGUUUGGUUAUGAUCUGUUUACUCGGCCAUCCGUUUCUGGCAAGUUGAGACAGGCAACUCCAUUCGACAUGUGCACACCACCUGAAGUCCCAUUAGAUGAAAGAAUAGCUGUGGUUUAUCGAAGAAAAGCAUGUACUUUUUCAAAGCAGGCGCUGAAUGUUCAAUCUGCAGGGGGGAAAGGGGUCAUUAUAAUUGAUUAUGGCUACGCCCCUCUGGUCAACAUGACUAUACCCCGGUUCAUGGCUGCAUUGAGUGGUGUCGAUACCAAUCAAAUACAUAUUCCAGUAGUGUUCAUGGGACAACAUGACGGAAUACAUUUCCUAGAUGUGAUGUGGGUGGAUCCAGAACUUAUAAUUGUGCUAGAGUCUAACCAUGUGACCUCAGGUACCUGUCCAUAUGCCACAGUUGUUGUUGAUCCUCUAGGGGUACAAUAUAGUCCACCAGGAUCUUACCUUGUUGAAGGUACCAUUGAAUUAUGCCCACCAGGGACAUACCAGCCAGAACCUAAUUGGCCAAGGUGUCAUCCAUGCCCAAUGGGUUACUUCUGUGCAACAAGCGGACUUACUGCAGUUUCUGGAAAGUGUGGGGCAACAUACAGUUGUAGACAUGGGGCCUCUGACCCUAAUGCUCCUUGUGGUUUUGGGAAUAUUUGUCCAGACGGAUAUCAGCAACCUUGUGGAAAUGGAUACUACCAAGACAACCCUCGCGGACAUUAUUGCACCCUCUGUCGACCUUCUUUCUACUGUCCGCUGGAACUCAAUUUAUGGGAAAAUGCGUGCCAAUCUGGUAGAUGUCCAACUGGUGGCAGUUAUCGUUUUGACCAAUCCAAAGGGCAAGGCAAUUGCUUACGUGGCUACUAUGGCGUUAAUGGAACUUGUAAAAUAUGUCCAAAGGGCCAUGCUUGUGAUGUAGAUGGUACUUUGACGCCACAACUUUGUGAGCCUGGGUGGGAUUGUGGAGAAGGGGAGAUAAGUGUUACUCCGAAAGUUUGUCCACUCGGUCAUUAUUGUGACCACAGAGUCCAGUACGGCAAAGAAAUAAAUAUAUGGCAGUUUAAACCGGAAUACUAUUCAUCAAGUGCUAACGACAUAAGAGCCACAAAUUCAAGGUGGUUAGGACCACCAAACCUCACUGUGUAUACAAGGCAUCGUGCGCAUACGUCUGCUUUUUACAUGUCCCUGCCUAUCAAGCUGAGAUCUAGAAUGGUUUUACAGACGAGCAACCUCGUGAUUAAGAACGCCACAUAUGAAGACAGUGGAAUCUAUUGGUUUAUGCUUGGUUCAAUUAUGACUCAUGCCUAUAAUGUUAAAAUAACAACAGAAGGUACCAGAGGGGGAAGUAGGAUUCCCUGUCCAGUAGGGCAUUACCAAGACCUUAUCAAAUCGAUUGAGUGUAAGAAAUGUCCAAUCGGUACACUGUGUAAUAGCACUGGUAUCAUUUACCCAAUGGUGAAGUGCAGUGGAUAUGUCUGUCAGCAAGGGGAAGUGGCUCUUUGUCAGCAGUACUGCCCACAUGGUUAUGAGACCACAUGUCCUGACGGUACCAUUCCAAGUAACUUUACACACUGUGCACCAUGCCCAGAGGCAAAGCUGUGCUACAAUAACCAGGUGCUGCCCUGCCCCCCAGAUAACUACUGUGUUGGUGGAAAACAGUUCAUAUGUUUGCCUGGGCGUAGAUGUGUUGAUGGGAAACUGUCAUACUGUCAAGCGGGCCACUAUGCUGUCACAACAAAUGGAACCACCGUAUGUGCCCCUUGUCCUGUUAACAAGGUUUGCCCGCACAAGGUUUGGGAACCGUUACACUGUGUUUCUGAGUUUCAUUUAUGCUCGCAAGGAACCUCAAGAAUUUAUCAAGAAGCCUGUCCUUUGGGAUACAAAUGCAAUGUAUCUUUGGAAAGCGGGAAACAGGCUUGUGAGAUAGGAGAAUAUGGCAAGUUCCAUGGUAUAUGUGUAACUUGUCCAGCUGGCCGAUUUUGUGAUGUAAUUGCUCUGGUUACACCGCAUGUCUGCCCUGCUGGCUACUAUUGUCCAACUGGCACCGUCACACCCGCAGUCUGCCCUGCUAGCUACUAUUGUCCAACUGGCACCGUCACACCCGCAGUCUGUCCUGCUGGCUACUAUUGUCCAACUGGCACGGGCACACCCACAGUUUGUCCUGAAGGCUACUUUUGUCCAAGUGGCACCGUCACUCCAAAUGCCUGCCCUGCUGGCUUCUAUUGUCCAACUGGAACCUUGACACCAAAUGUUUGUCCUGCUAGCUACUACUGUCCAACUGGCACCAGCACACCGGGUACCUGUCCUGCUGGCUACUAUUGUCCAACUGGCACCGUCACACCCGCAGUCUGUCCUGCUAGCUACUAUUGUCCAACUGGCACCGUCACACCCGCAGUCUGUCCUGCUGGCUACUAUUGUCCAACUGGCACGGGCACACCCACAGUCUGUCCUGAAGGCUACUAUUGUCCAACUGGCACCGUCACUCCAAAUGCCUGUCCUGCUGGCUUCUAUUGUCCAACUGGAACCUUGACACCAAAAAUUUGUCCUGCUAGCUACUACUGUCCAACUGGCAGCAUUGCACCGGUUUUCUGUCCUGCCGGCUACUAUUGUCCAACUGGCACCAGCACACCGGGUUUUUGUCCUGCUGGCUACUAUUGUCCAUUAGGAACGGGUACACCUCAUGUCUGCCCUCAUGGCUACUAUUGUCCAACUGGCACCGUCACUGAAUUACCGUGUGUUCCUGGACAUUUAUGCCCAAAAGGUUCAGGCAAGCCUGUUCCCUGUCCUCUGGGAACAUAUGUCCCGAAUAUUAUGUCCACCGAGUGCAGCCUAUGUGCAGAGGGCUAUUUUUGUCCUAAUACGUACACUGAGAUAGAGUGUGUAUGGCAUAUAUAUUGUAAACCAGGAUCUAUAAGAGAGGAGUGUGAAGUAACAGAUCUUGGAAACAUUAGUUCAAGUCUUAAAAUAAGGUGUAUUCCUGGCUGCCAGCAAUAUAUGACCGAAAUCGUACCAUUGGAGUUUACAGUUCUUUCCCAGAAUACCUUGAAGAUCAUGCAGUACUCAUGGACCCUUCAUGAAUGUCGUAGCCUUGACCUGAAGGACUGCCGUUACUGUCAGCAUCAUACAAUCGAUGUAGGACACCUGUAUUCAGUUGCUGUCGAUAAACAGGCUUUAACUAUAAGCUGGGCUUAUGCUCUAGUUUAUAUCACAGUCUCUUACGAAAAUGGAUACAAAGAGUCGGCCCACCUCAUGUGGAAGUAUUUUGAAAAACGAACAAACAAAGAAUGCUACACCGUACCUACAAGCGGUAUAACGCUAAUACAUCGUUUUGACAUCUACUGCAGAGAUACAAAUGAGGGCAAUGAAAACAAUGAAAGCUUGGAUAUGACAACAGCCCAGUUUACAUACAAUUUAAUGACUAUGUUUGAAUUUCAAGAGAUAUUGAUCAACGUUGCUGACAGCCAUGAUCAGACGGACUUGUAUCUGAUGGCAGGGAACAGCAGCCGGGGUCAUAUACUGGACCUGCACAUGAUAUGUCUCUAUCAAGAUCAUCAGGUCUGGGACUUGUGGUUCACCACUCAGGUAUUUGAACCAAAGCUUUUAACUACAAACAUGAUACAUGAAAUGGAGGAUGUGGCUACAACGGUAUCCUUUGAAGGAGAAGAUUUCUACAGCUCAUUGCAGAAAGUUACAAGUGUAGUACAUAUGAUGAAUCUGGAAGUGGAAGUUGUAAACACAACAACAAUAACAACAACAGAGGAUGGGGAGAUGACCAUAAAUGAACAGAAAACUACUACUCAAUUGCGCAGUAUGGUAGUGGAGAGAUUGUCAGAGAUUGCGCCUGACAAUGCAGACAUGGUGAAGGGGCUUUCUCAUUCCUUGAACACUGCCAUUAGCAAGAAGGAUGAUGUUACGAAAGAGACGCAGAAAAAAGCAAUGGACAUGUAUGUUUCUUUGGUGAACUCCUACGAAGACACGACAUCAGAUGUCCCUCAACAGGCAGUCAAAGACAUUGCGAAAGUGCUGGUUACAGGGACAGUUAUGAUGAUGGAUUUCACUGAAAACGAAAAAAACAAAAGUCUGGUGAAGGAAUCAUCAGCUGCGCUCAUCAACUUAAUGGACAAUAUUAUGGGAACAUUGCAAAACAAACAUGUGACAAACUCACCAGGUUUGGACAUUGUGACGCCUGAAGCAACAAUCCAGGUUUCAAAGGUAUCUCCCGACAGGAUAGCUGGAAACAUGUUCGGGCCUUCUGCUGAAUCUAGCGAAAAAUAUACAGACACAACAGAAGUGACUAAGUCUGGCUUAAGCUUGCCGAAGAACGUAGAUCUCACUGAAGUCAGUAAUGGCUCUGUUGCCAUGCAGUAUAUGCACAUGAAGAAAAAUCCUUUUAACUGGGGAAAAAACACGGAGUGGGUUUUAACACCUGUCCAGUCUUUAAGUUUAAAAGAUGAACAAAAUAAACCAAUACCAAUGUCCAACCUCACGGAACCAGUCCGGAUAACAACACCAAUUGCAAGUAAAGGCCUGCCAAAGUCAAUCGCUAUACCAAUACGGUUCAGCAUACUGAAGAGGAAUACUACGUGGACGUUAUUUCCUAAGAUGUCGCAUUCCUGCUAUGGCACAUUCAAUCUAUAUCUGGAAAAGAACUCGCUUGUGUCUUUUAUUUUCACUCUUCCUGGUAAAGUGAAAUCCAUAAAUCUUGGCAUUGGUAAAAAUAGGCUUGUGGAUAAGAGUCAUAUGCAUGACAAAUCCUUCAAGUACCCAGAAGACAUUGUUAUAAUUGACAAGCUCUACGGUUGGCACUCUGAUGAGGAUGUUACGGCAGAAUUCGAGAAUACAACUUUGUUUAGGGGUGUCUUUCAAUUCAAGACCUUUACAUUUUUCUGCACAAGCUAUCUCGGUAGAUGUUGCUCUUCCAAUGUAAGUGAGUGCUUGGAAAUAUAUAGUUACUGUUAUGGCAGAGGUCUUGUAAAUGUCAGCUCCGAAUGUUUAGCCAAGUAUCAGGAAAUAAUCAUUGGAUCAGAAGUGGAAAGAACACAAUCUGAUCAAGACAUGAAUGAUACACAAUCUGAUAAGAAAGCCAUCAAGCAGAUUCUGCUGAGAAUGUAUGACUCUGAUGUGAUGCUCAACAAGACAGGCUCGUACCUGCAUAUUGGAGUGAGUCUUGACAUAGCACUUGCAGAGGUGAGAGACAUUUUAACAGAAGAAAAUCCAGAAUGUCUCGGUAAUCCUGAAAAGCCUCUGUGCCUGGCAGAAGUGGAGAUGAGCAUACCAGUGUCUGUGAACAGCCUUGUGUGCUUAUACUGGGACGAAGAUAACGAAGAGUGGACGCCUAAAAGAGUUCAGGUUGCAUUUUCCAAUGCUGAUGAUACAUCCUAUGAGUGUCUAAGCACCCACCUGUCAGCUUUUGCCGGAACUAUAUUUGUGGCUCCAACUUCAGUUGAUCCUUUUGGUGAAGCAGAGUUAUUUCUCACGUUCUUUGAGAAUCCCGUGGUUGUCACGACAGUGAUCCUGGUCUGGGUCAUGUACAUCUUCUUUGUCCACUGGGCCCGCAACGCAGACAGAAGGGACUUGGAGCGAGUGGGUGUGGUCAAUUGUAAGGACAACCUCCAGUCUGAAAAAUAUCUGUAUCUUGUGUGCAUAGCAACAGGCUGGUGGAAACACGCUGGCACCACUGCAAAUGUUUAUUUCUACAUGACUGGCUCUGAGGGUGUAAGUGGGAGGAAGUGCCUCAGCUCUGCAGGCAGGAAGUGUUUCCAGGCAGGCUUUGAAGACUGGUUCCUGGUCACCACCUCACAAUGUCUUGGGGAAAUACAGUCUGUUACACUGUGGCAUGAUAACACUGGCAACAAUCCACAAUGGUACCUAAACCAGGUGUAUACCCGUGAUGUGCAGACUGGCAACAGCUGGACUUUCAUUUACAAUGAUUGGUUGGCAGUGGACCGUGGAGCUCUCCUUCAGAUUGCAACUACCCUUGGUGCUGUCACACGGGAGGAGGCUAGGCUGAAGACCAAGUACCACUUCAUGAUCAAGUCAAGCAAGGACCUCCGUGAUGGCAACCUGUGGUUCAGCAUCUUCUCCAAGCCCCCUCAGAGCCAGUUCACGCGCGUUCAGCGCCUCACGUGCACACUGUCUCUCCUGCUCACUACCAUGCUUACAAACCUCAUGUUCUAUGGAAUCCCAAAUGAUGAUCCCGCUGAUCAGGUCGUGGCUGGAGCCUUCAAAUUCAGUCUCUCACAGAUCGUCAUUGGUAUACAGAGCAGUCUGAUAAUGUUUCCAAUAAACUUGAUCAGCAUCCAGCUGUUUAUGAAAGUGAAACCCAAACCCCGGAAAUCUUCACGUAAACCCAGCAUUGCCUCUGAGGACAUUAAGACCAUAAUUGAUUCAUGCGGUGUCAAUAUUAAGAGAAUUUUCAACCACCUUAGCAUACAAAACCCUGCUGGUUUAUUGACAUUCAUCAAAGAAAUGCAGAAUUACAGUAACAUUAGGCUGUUUCAUGAUAUGUUUCGUGAAGUAAAGGGAUUCGAGUGUGGACUUGACCCAAAUCUAAUUGUUACUGAAUUUGUUAAUACCGUUGACAUGUUUGACUGGGAAUUGGCAGGCAAAUCCAUCGGUAUGAAUGUGCAAGUGGAUGACUCAGGCUCAUUCAGUCUGUCAGCGCCCAGUGCAGGACACACUGAGGUUGCAGACUCAUUGCAACCUUUUGGUUCCCUGCCACCUAGCUUUCUCAAUAAAGAUCAUAAAGUGUGUCAUCGCCAGGACAGGGUGCAUCGUAAUAAAAAACGGACGCCCACUGUUUCUUUUGCACCUGAACUGAUGAUGCCUAUGGAUGACAUGACAAGUGGUGUCCACAGUGGAACUGUUAUUCAUGCCCCAGUCAGUAUAAGAAAGGAUACUUCCAGAAUACUGCCAUGGUGGUUCAUCUACAUUGCCUGGUUUGUAGCCAUCUCAACUUGUCUCAUAUCGUCCUACUUCACGAUGCUCUAUGGCUUAAAGUUUGGCUAUGCACGCAGUGUAGAGUGGCUCGUAUCCUUCUUUACAGGGUUGGUUCAAAGCAUCUUUUUUCAGCAACCCAUUAAGGUGCUGUUUAUGGCUGUUCUACUUACUUUGAUAUUCAAGAAACCAGCGGAGUUUGAUGAUGUGGAGGAACCUCGUGAACUGGAUGAUGAUGAAGAGUACUUGAAGGCAGUUACUGAAGACCCUGAUGUCCACCACAACCUUCGUCCCCCUUUACCAGCUCACCUUCUGAAGGCUAUCCGCGAGCGACUCGGGCUUGAGUGGAUCAUAGAUGUUGCCAUUCGAAACAUUAUCAUCCAUUUUGUGUAUUUGAGCAUCGUCAUACUGGCAAUCACUGGCCACAAGAACGUUUCCACUUGCUACGAGACCAGCCUUUCAGUCAGGAAAAUGUUUGAUGACAACAACCUAGGGUUUCAACAGGAAGACGUAUCAACUCGUGAGGAUGUUUACUCCUACCUCCACAAGACUGUUGUACCCCUGAUGAGCAAGAUGUCAGACACUGCAGAAAGAGAACUCUCAAUGGCGUCAGAAUUUUUCCUUGUUGGUGGUUACAGGCUUAGGCAGGCAAGAAUAUCCAAAGGCGAAUGUGGACCAAUAUUCAUAGAAGGCCUUCCGCGAGGCUGUCAGCCUUCCUACUCCAUGUUUAUUGAGGACAGGAACAGAUACAACAUGUCCUGGGAGAACCUUAUUGAUCCAGUGAAUAAUGCUACAUCCAGCAAUCUCACGGCUAGUAUAGGCCCUUGGAGCUUUCAGUCCGCUUGGUCUCUGAAGACUCUGCCCUUUGCAGGCGUGAUUGAUACAUAUUCAGGUGGUGGAUUUGUUCUGGAAGUUGGGGCCAGGGAGGAUCCUACUGAUAAAAUUACUGGGCUUGCUAAAAAUGGAUGGAUUGAUGAUUACACCCGAGCUGUGUUCCUGGAAUUUACUCUUUACAACGCAAAUGUGGACAUAUUUACAGUCGCAAUAUAUUUAUUUGAAUUUACAAAUAGAGGCAGUAUUCACACUUCGAAUCACGAAUUUUCCACCCGUCUAUAUUACUACUCCUCAAGCUACGAGGUAUUCACAACCGCGUGCGAGGUAAUAUUUGUCAUAUUCAACAUACUGUUUGUUUACUUUGAGAUUAAAAAGUACAAGACGCUUGGAAAAUCACAUUAUUUCUCAGACUUCUGGACAGUAGUUCAACUCGGUCAAAUAGCUCUUGCCUUUUCACUGCUUGGUGUGUUUGUCCACAGAACACUUACUGUAGCAAGUGUAAUGGCUGGCUUUGAAGCCCCUAACAAAACGUAUUUUAUCAACUUCUAUGGGGCCCUUUUCUGGGACUAUGUACUGACUUACGUUAUGGCAGCUCUUGUUACAGUUGUUAUCAUGCAAACCGUAAAAUUCCUUAGCUUUAAUAGGAAGAUUUUAAUUGUGGCUGAGACAUUACAUUUCAUGAAGGGGACCCUGUUGGCUUAUGCUUUAAUAUUUGGCAUCGUCACUGUCGGCUUUGCGUCUAUGGCAUAUAUGCUGUUUAACAGCUUUUCCUCAUCUUAUUCUUCAUUCAACUCUGCUUGGAAUACAAACAUGCUGUUGUUGCUUGGUGACUCAGGGAUUUAUGAGCUUUUGUAUGAAGCAAGUCCUAUUCUAGGACCAGCAUUUAUAGUGACAUUCGCAAUGAUUUUACAGUAUGGCAUUAUAACGUUUGUGCAGGCAAUUAUAAACAUGGGCAGAAAUGUUACCAAUGCACGACGGAACAGAAUGAAAAAUAGAUUAGAGAUAAUAAAUUAUGUCUCUGGCAAACUUAAGACUAUCUUAGAUAUUAAGUAAAACAGCCAGUGAAAAUCAUUUGACGAACGACUGUUGAUUUAUUAUGUCUUGUAAAGGGAUACUGGUGUUUAAUCCUCUACUUGAGUGAUGUAAAACAAAUGUAACUGAUGAUGUUUUAUCCAUGCCCAUCUUUUCGUUUUUUGUUUAGCUCGUCAAGAAUGUAUGUACCAAUUAUUUAAAUUGGAUCAAAGUGUAUGAAACAUCCUGGGUUGACAGGCCAAUUGUUUGUGUUGUCUUAUCAUGAUUGUUCGGGGUAAAUCUUUUUAUUCUGAAAAAUAUUUUCUAACAAAUUAAUGAUUUUUACACAAGAUUUUAGAACCUUAUGACUCAACACCAUUCCUCCAUGAUGACAUGAUGACUAUGUGUAGGUUCUUUCCUGUUGUUAACUUGCAAAGUGCAAAUUAAUCAUCUUUGAUUGGAACUUUCCAGAUUAAAUUACAAGCAGGAAAACUUAAAAAAACAUGUAAACCAAAAUUAAACAACAUUUAACAGGUAUGGCUUAGAUUCUACCUUUCAGUCAAAGUCCGGACUGGCCUUGUACUUACACUGAAUGAACUUGUUAAAUUGUUUUAAAAGACACAAAUAUUGAUACAAGCGGAUAUAUGUUGUCAUGUGUUGAUGCUAAGGUUUGUGCCUCAAUUUUAUGCGAAAACGUCAUCAGAUUUUUGUAUAAAUGUUAUUUUGAUGAACGUAAUAAUUGACGGAAAAAAUAAUAAAUCUGCAGUUUUGAUAAUAUAUUCAAUGUCAUAUGUAUAUGCCUGUAUGGCAUUGACCACUGUUGUCUUUAGUGUGUAUUAUAUGUAUGUUUAAUCACGGGCUGAAAGCCUAAUGUAUUCUAAAAUAAACCUUUACACUGUCAGAACUGUAAGGUGUCUAGUGUAGAAAUAUGUGUAUGCGUAAAUGAGAUGGUAUAUAUAAUUAAGCAUCGAGGUUGUUUUGUAUUUGUAUUGUUGCAGUUUGCAUUUUUAAGUAUUUUUCUUGUUAUUGUUAGUUGUGUUACAAUACAUUAACAAGUUUUGACUGAUCAUGUGUAUCUCUGUGUCUUGUAUACAGAUUGACAGUUGAAAUACAGGAUUUACUUGUCAUAUUUGGAGAAAGUUAAAAUAAUAAUUGUCAUAUACAUCUCCCAUGCUUGUUCGUCAAGGUCACGGUAAGAGACAUACCUUUUAAUUUCUACUCCAUAGCAUUCGCUUUUCUUGGCGUAUUUUAAUAUUUCUUAAGAAUUUAAAUGAUCUUUAAAAGUCAUGUCUAUACUUCAAAAAAUGAAAAUUGUCAUAGCUGAAAGCUCGAGACAUUAUACAAGAAUCAUAUAUACCGGUAGUAAUUGUACUAGUUUGUUUUGUUUAAUUGCUGUACAUUUACAUUUAAUAUUACGAGUUGUGUUAUUACAAUGGAGGAGAAUACAAUUGCUAUAAUGUAUUUUUCAUGUGGUAUAUUUUUAUGCCCCCUUCGAAGAAGAGGGGGUAUAUUGUUUUGCUGGGUGUCGGUCGGUCUGUCGGUAGACCAGUUCGUUUCCGAUCUAUAACUUGAGAACCGAUUGGCUUGAUACUUCCCAUGUGCAUUGGCGUUAGACAGUAGAUUGCCCCUAGUAAAAUUUGGGUAACUAGGUCAAAGGUCAAGGCCAUUGUUACUCUAAGUGGGAAGUCGUUUCCGAUCGAUAACUCGUCCACUUCUUCACUGAUUGGUUUGAUACUUCCCAUGUACAUUGGCCUUGGACAGUAGAUGACCCUGUUGAAAUUGGGGUUACUAGAUCAAAGGUCAAGUUGUCUGUCACAAUAAGUGUGAAAAUCGUUUUCGAUCAAUAACUCAUCAUUGAAUAGACCGAUUUGCUUGAUACUUAUCAUGUGAAUUGGCCUUGGACAGUUAGAUGACCCCUAUUAACAUUUGGGUCACUAGUUGAUGUUUGAGUCUAACUAAAUGACUUACAGAUUAAGUUUCAGUUUCAUUCCGGUCCUUUGAUUUUUGGUAUAUAACACCUCCGGAUUUUUUUCCGAAACUGUUUCAGAUUCUUCCCUGAUUUUGGGGUGCGCGUCUGCCUGCAAGACGUUUAAUGCUGAGUUUUGUUUUAAAAUAAAGGCUUAAAACUUCAGUUUUCACGAUUUUCCAUUAACAUCAGUGUUAAGUAUGCAAUUCAGUUAUUUUACAGUCCAAGGCCGUAACUGUUUCAAGUAUCAUUGAACCAUCACUUCAUCAUGAUGUUUUAAUUGGGAUAUAGCUGCAGUGUGGCUUCAAAGUGAAGUAGGGGACAUAAUGUUUCACAAACACAACUCUUGUUUAUAUUGUUUUGAAAAAUAUUCAUAUUAAAUGACAAAUGAGAAACAAUAAUAAGUACUAGCAGAAAAUCAUAUCAAUAUCAAUUUUGCCUUAUACUUAUUAAUAUAAAUAGUUGUAAAACCUUUUUAGUAGAAAUACUGUUAUUAUGAGUCAAUAUUUAAUAGUUCGGACAAUGUUUGUUGAAGAAUCAAUAGCUUGUAACCUACAUGUAGAUGAUACCUUUCUUUCUGUAAAUGUUCUUGUUUCGACCAGUUUAACGUGUUUCGAUAUUAAACCUUUAAAAUAAA